AUGGAUUCUAAUAUAUUAUCAACAUUAAACGAUGCUGAAAUUGUUGCUAUUUUGUAUCAAUUAAACAAAAAAAAACAAAAAAAAUCUAUAACAUCAAGGCGUUAUUGGGUACACCCUCUUAAUAUGAAAAGACCUCAAGAAGGGCAGUUUCAGGUUAAUUUUUUGACUCUGAGGGCAUACCCAGAAGAAUUUUUUAAAUAUUACCGCAUGAGAAUUACAACAUUUGAUGAACUGCUAACACUUAUUGGACCAUACUUAAAGAAAGAAGACACUAUUUUGCGUUCAGCCAUUCAACCUGAAGAGAGGCUAUCUGUUACAUUAAGAUAUUUAGCAACUGGUGCAAAUUUUUCAACCUUACAUUUUGAAUUUUUAAUGGGAAUUUCAACUAUUUCAAAACUAAUAAGAGAGACAUGUGAAGUGUUAUGGACCAUAUUACAACCAAUAGAAAUGCCUGUACCUACUGAAAAUGAUUGGUUAGAUAUGGCAAAAGGUUUUUUUGAAAAAACUCAAUUUCCAAACACAGUUGCUGCAGUCGAUGGUAAACACAUACGGUUGCAAUGUCCUAAAAAAACUGGAAGUCUUUAUUAUAACUACAAACAGUUCUUUUCAUUAAUUCUGCUUGGAUUGUGUGAUGCGAACUAUUGCUUCAGAAUUAUUGAUGUGGGAUCGUAUGGCAAAGAGAGUGACUGUAAUAUAUUCAAACAGUCACGGUUUGGGAAAAAACUUUAUGCUGACAAAGUUAACUUCCCCCCAGAUGCUCCUUUGCCUGGUGAUGAAGAUGGUGUACCUCAACCAUUUAUUGUAGUAGGUGACGAGGCUUUUGCUUUAAAUAAACAUUUGUUGAGACCAUUUCCAGGGAAAAGCUUGACCAAUGAGAGGAGGAUUUUUAACUACCGACUCUCCAGGGCUAGACGUUACAUUGAAUGUACAUUUGGAAUUCUUUCAAACAAAUGGAGAGUAUUCCAUACACCAAUUUUGACUUCUCCAGAUUUUGCAGUUCAAAUUACCAAAGCAGCAUGUAUAUUACAUAACUUUGUCCGGCGAAGAGAUGGAUACGACAAACAAGAUUUAGAAAACUGCAACAUUGGAGGAAUAGAAGAGAGAAGGGGCGUUGGAAAUGCUCCUUCAAAUGCUAAAGAUGUUAGGGAAUAUUUUGUUAAAUACGUGAAUAGCCCACAAAAUUCACUAAGCUGGCAAAAUAAAGUGAUUCUUUAA